UUGUAACCCCUUUAUUUAUUUAUAUUCCUUAAUAUUAAGCCUUAUACUUCUCUUCAUAUACUUUCAUUCUCUCCUUUGGAUAUCAUAACUCAUAAUUAUCAUCAUCAUCAUCAUCUUCUUCUCUGUAUCCAAUUAUAUAUAAUUAUUAUUAAUGGGCUCCAAACCAAGAAAAAAGCAAUUGUGGGGAACACAAUUAGUACCAUUGACACCACUGAUGGAAGGUCCUGACCCAGAAAUGCAAGAAGAAGGGUUCAAGAAGGAGAGUUCAUGGGAAGUUAUUAGAGAAUGGUUUCGAGCUCAAAAGGGUUAUAAUAAUAACAACCCAAAUAGCAAUAGUAGUACUAGUUUCCCAUCCUCCUACGCUAAUAAUAAUAAUAAUAAUUGUAAUAAUUAUUAUAACAAUAAUAAUAUCUUAGCCAAGAGACAAGAUCUAAGGUUGUUGCUUGGCGUUUUAGGUUGUCCUCUUGCUCCAAUACCCCAAGUCAAUGACCCCAAUAUUGAUCAUCUCCUACAUCUUAAAGGCAUUCCAUUUGAGACUUCGAUUGCACACUAUAUUAUACAGCAAUAUUUGGCAUCAACAGGUUGUUUGAAGCAACAAAAGUCAUGUAACAAGAACAUGUACGUAAGUGGAAGUGUGAAAAUGAUUUGUUGUGAAACUGAGGUUUCGACUGGUAAAAACGUAAAGAGUUUAGGGACUAGGAGUGGUGAAAAUGGUUGUUUUGUUCUUUGGCAAAUGAUGCCUGGAAUGUGGUCCUUGGAAUUGGUCGUCGGUGGAAAUAAGGUUGUCGCCGGUAGUGACGGCAAGACCGUUUGGAGACACACACCUUGGCUUGGUGCUCAUGCUGCCAAAGGCCCCCAGCGUCCCCUUCGCCGCAUCAUUCAGGGCCUAGAUCCAAAGAGCACAGCAAGCUUAUUUGCUAACGCACAAUGUCUUGGGGAGAAACAAAUAGGGGAGAACAACUGUUUCGUUUUGAAAGUGUGUGCAGAUCGUGCGGCUGUGAUGGAACGAAGUGAGGGCCAUGCAGAGGUUAUAAGACACGCCUUGUACGGAUACUUCUGUCAAAAAACUGGCCUCUUAGUCUAUUUAGAAGAUUCCCAUCUAACUAGGGUUGAAUCUCCUGAUCAGAACGACGUCGUAUUAGCAUCAGCACCAGAAGAUGUCUAUUGGGAAACCACCAUUGGCAGCAGCAUUGCCGAUUACCGGGAUGUCGACGGUCUUCUCAUCGCCCACCAAGGUCGAUCCAUCGCCACAAUCUUUCGAUGCAAAGAACUCUCCAUGCAAUACACAAGGACUAGAAUGGAAGAGCUUUGGAACAUUGAUGACGUCGUCUUCAAUGUCCCAGGACUCUCCGUCGACUCAUUUCUCCCACCGGCUGAUGUAGUCGAUGGAGGAGCCACAACAACCUUACAUUGACAAUAAUAAAAAAAAAUUAUUGAUCAUCAUCUUCAUCAUCACAAUACUAAUUGAUAUGAUGAGGAUGAUGAGAUGAUCAUUAACUCUCGAGUUUUUUUUUGGAUACGUACUUGAAAGAACUUAAUAAUUAGGGGUACGUAUAUGGUGUUUUCUAGAUUUUGUUUACUAAUUGGCUAGUUAGUUAAGAAAAAAAAAAACAUGUAUUAUUAAUUAUUGGGUGGGAUAUUUUGUUAAUUUGGUGUAUUAGUUUAAUUUGGGUUGGUUGGGUAAUUAAUCUUUGUUUUAUUUUAUUUUAUUAUUUUCUUUGAAACUAAGUGUUCAUAUGGUGGUGGGUAUUUGGUUUUUAACUAGCUAAUUAUGGUGAUGAAAAUAUGACAAUCAUAUUCAUAUGGAUGGGGAUAUGGAAUAUAAUAAUAAAUGUUGUUUAAUUAGUUUAU